UCUCCACUCUGCCUGGAAUGUGAGGGAAGGAGGAGGAGGAGGAGGCUGCGCUCCACCCACAUGGGCUUUUCCACACACCGCCGCUCACAACACGGGAAUGAAAAGGGCCUCUCACAUGAGCCUGCACACUCAGGGGAUAAAGAAAGGAAAGCCAAGAAUGAUGGCAUCAGGGAAGGUGAAUCACCCUCCUGGAAGCAGACACCGCGCACCUCAUGUUAGCACCUCAGCAGCGCUCCAGCGCCACAUCUAGAGGAAGCUGAAUGGAGACAGCUGCUGCCAGGCACAGGGCAUCCCUCUCCAGCUCUGCUCAUCCCUGACUCCUCGGAUUGAUAGCGGUGUGUGUGUGUGAGGAAUGGACAGCCGGAUGAGGAGUGAUAGGUGACUGAUAUAGAGAAGAGGGAGCGGCGUGCUGGAUCAUGCUCCAAGCAUUUGUUUAGUGUCGGACUGAUAAGAUCACAUAGCUGAGCCUUGUGCACUAUGGGGGUCUGCUGAUGGGAUCGUCGUCCAUGGGCCAGAUGAGUAGCUUCUGCCAUCACAGCCAAGUGACACAUUGAGCUCCUCGUCCUCCUGCUGAGGAGACAUGGAUGGAGAUGGUGCGGAGAAGCUGGAGAACAAUGCUGAUGACAGCUGCCUCCAUGGGGGGUCAGACAAGGGGGCUGCCGGCUUGGUGGAACAGAUGAACCUUUCCUCCCCAUCUCAGUCCCUCUCUGAGGAAGAAUCAGGGACAAAUAGUCCUCCUGAGCUGGGCCCCAAGCAGCAUGGGGUGAAGAGGCAUAACCACAAGCACAACCUGAAGCACAGGUAUGAAUUGAUGGAGACCCUGGGCAAAGGCACCUAUGGCAAAGUCAAGAGGGCCAUCGAAAGGUUCUCCGGAAGAGUGGUUGCCAUAAAAUCAAUCCGUAAGGACAAAAUAAGAGAUGAGCAAGAUAUGGUUCACAUCAGGCGAGAGAUUGAAAUCAUGUCAUCACUCAGCCACCCGCAUAUCAUAAGCAUAUAUGAAGUAUUUGAAAAUAAAGAUAAGAUUGUGAUCAUCAUGGAAUAUGCCAGCAAAGGUGAACUGUAUGAUUACAUCAGUGAAAGGAGAAGAUUGAGUGAAAGGGAAACAAGACACUUCUUUCGUCAGAUUGUCUCCGCAGUGCAUCACUGCCAUAAGAAUGGAGUUGUUCAUAGGGAUCUCAAACUGGAGAACAUUCUUCUUGAUGAAAAUGGUAACAUUAAGAUUGCUGAUUUUGGACUCUCUAAUCUCUAUCAUAAAGACAAAUUUCUGCAGACAUUUUGUGGAAGUCCACUUUAUGCAUCGCCAGAGAUUGUAAAUGGGAGACCGUAUCGAGGUCCUGAGGUCGACAGCUGGGCACUUGGUGUACUUUUGUAUACUCUGGUUUAUGGAACAAUGCCUUUUGAUGGUUUCGAUCACAAAAAUCUAAUUAGGCAAAUAAGCAGUGGAGAAUACAAAGAACCAACACAACCGUCAGAUGCUCGAGGACUAAUCAGAUGGAUGUUGAUGGUUAAUCCUGAGCGUCGAGCAAACAUUGAAGAUAUUGCAAACCACUGGUGGGUUAACUGGAGCUACAAAAGUAGUGUAUGUGACUGUGAUGUCUUAAAGGACUCAGAAUCUCCAUUGCUUGCUAGAUUCAUCAACUGGCAUCACCGUUCAACCAGCCGGCAGCUUGAGGCUGAAAACAAAAGCAAGUGCCUUUUAAAGCCAUCUGAAGUAUCACUUGAGCGGCAGAGAUCUCUGAAGAAAUCUAAGAAGGGAAAUUACAUUACACAGUCUUUGCAGGAUGGCUCUGAAGAGACCACCAUAUCAAAGAGACCUAAAAGUAUCCUGAAGAAAAGAAGCAAUAGUGAGCAUCGGAGCCACAGUGCUAGUUUUAUUGAGGGAGUUAUUAGUCCUGUAUUGUCGCCUACCUACAAAACUGAAAGUGAUAAAGGGAUCAUUGAUGCCUGUUCUAAGAAUGCCAAGGAAGUAGGCAAACCACUUAUAUGUGGUUCAAAGCAAUCUACAGCUAUGCCAAAGAAAGGCAUUUUAAAAAAGACCCCGCAAAGGGAGUCUGGCUACUAUUCUUCACCAGAGAGGAGUGAAUCUUCUGAACUAUUGGAUAAUGAUGAAACAGAAAGUGAGGAAACAUCUCAAGUCAUCAGUGAGACUAAACGAACUGUCUCUCACAGCCUUUCCUGUAGACGGAAAGGCAUUUUAAAGCACAGCAGUAAAUAUUCAAAUAGCAGUACAGAUUCACCAAUGGCUAGUAUCACCACAGAAUCACUGGAAUCAAUGGAGCAAGGACUUCUGCCUGGGGAAGGAUUGUCUCGAAGCUACAGUCGUCCGUCCAGUGUUAUUAGUGAUGACAGCAUCCUCUCAAAUGACUCAUUUGAUUUGCUUGAAUUGACAGGUGGCAGGCCAAAUCGACAGAGAAUACGCAGUUGUGUAUCAGCUGAAAAUGUCCUUUUUGUUAAGGAUUUUGAGAGGCCUCAAAAAAGUCCUCGUCCACAGAACCUGAAACGUUUUCGUAAUCGUUUUGCUGACAGCAGUUUUUCUUUGUUAACAGAUAUGGAUGAUGUUACUCAGGUUUACAAAAAAGCUUUGGAGAUCUGCAACAAGCUCAAUUAGAAAAGCAAAGUUCUUUAGGCCAUUACUUUGCUGACAGUGUAAAGUCUAGAAAAAAAAUGCACCACGGUUAAAACAUGGCAACUGCACUUCUCUUUUUUCUUUACAAUCAAACUACUUAGAAAACUGAAUUUUGAAUGCCUUUUAUAAGAGUAAUUUUAUACUGUGGAAGCCUAAAAUCUUUUGUGCUAGAAAAAAAUAAACCCAAAUAUAAUUAUUAUUUUUUAUUUUAAUAGGUACACUUUAUUAGGGUGGAAUUAAUAAAAUGAAGGGUAAUUUUUUUCAGCAUUUUACUUGAAAUAUAAUUUUUUAGCUUUUGAACCUAUUUUUUUCUUUUUUUUACGUAUUUUAUUUGUUAAAUCUCUGGUAGAAAUUUGGGUAACUGGAUAGAGUUUAUCAGGUAGAGAAGUACUUGCACAUAUUUUUUAAUUAACUAAUUUAAAAGUAUAAUAAUUAAUAUCUUUGUUUUCCUAUGAGAACAAACUGCCAUAAAUGGUAGGCUUUUUAUAUAUUUAUUAAGAUAUCCAUAUUUUGUUGCCAUGAUUACUAUUUACUUAACGUAAGUCUAGCAAAACUGUUUUUUUUUUUUUUUUUUUGCGUGGUUAGUGGAGUUGGAAAGAGCUGGAGUCCUUUGUCCUGGGACAGGAAGUAAGGCAAAUUCUCACCACUCUUCCCAAAACUUGUAAAAAAAAGAAUUUUGGCUAGACUUUUAUUUUAAUAUUUUUUUUUAUGUUUAAUGGUAAACCUUCAGUAUAUUCUUUUGAAGCUGCCCAUGUGUCGGAGAAAUAAACCUUUUGCACAGGUUCAAAAAUAUGUCAAUGACAGAAUGCUGUUUUUUCCAGCAGGGAUGUGAUUCAAGAAAAACAAUUCCUUUGCCAGAAAGAUUUCCAUAAGUGUUAAUCUGAUGCUGGUGCUGUGAAAAGCUGCACCAAAAGGCUGUGUAGUUUACUGAUACAAUGCAAAUGUAUUAUUUUGGACUAUGUAGUUAUUGGCUUUCUAGUGAAGUACAACAAGUUGCUGAAUUUAA